CUCGCGAAUUCAGUAUUCAUUAGGUCGCGAAGACUAUCACUGGAUAGCCUGAAUUUAAAUUAUUCAAAAAUGUACCGCUUGUUAAUUAUUGCUCUCACCUUUGCAAAUGCUUUGGCUGAAACACCUGUGAGCAGAUGCGGGGAUUCACCGUUUCCAACUUACGUCCAAAUCGAAGGAUGCGAUAUACAACCAUGCCCAAUAAUAAAAGGAACAACUGGAAGGUUUCAUCUGGAGUUUGUCGCGGAUUUUGAUGCAAAGAAUUUGACUACCAAUGUAGUUGCCAAAAUUUUCGGUAUGAGUGUUGCAUACCCGGUACCAGAUGACCAGAAAUACACUUGCCAACAUUUGCUCCAUGGAAGCUAUUGUCCGAUAUACAAAGGAGAGGACGUGAGCUACGUAUUUGAACUCUUCAUCGGAACAUUUUAUCCUGAAAUUUCACUGAGUGUAGAAGUUUCUGUAACGGAUGAGAAAGAUCGAGUUCUGACAUGUUUCAGUGCAGCGAUUUCAGUGAAAAAAGGAGAGUAGUGAAAUCAUAGUGAAUUGGAAUUACGUGCGCGUGAAUUGCUCUCUAUAUUUUGUAACCUUUAUAUUUUGAUGCGUCAGUAAUAUCUUGUACCUGCAGUGUAUGAUUAAUUUCGAUAUAAUAAAAUGUAACCAAUGAUUUACUUUAGAAGCUCGAUA